AUGAAAGUCUAUUAUUUAUAUCAAGAGAAUCAAUUUACAAAUGCCUUUUUCCUUCGAAAUACUUAAUCUAACAUUCUAGAUUAUGAAAUUCCUUAAAAUUUAAAUUUCUUAGGAAAUUUAACAUUUACUCAAAAGUCAAGAGGAGCGCCUCUAAAUCAUAAAUAAUCUUCAAAUGCAAUAGAGAAAAAACAUGUACAUUUGUGUAAAUCAAGUUAUUGUUUUAAUACUGAGAUUCUAGAACUGAAAAGUAAGUAUUUAAGUCCAGUCUAAGAGGAAUUGAUUGAGAAGAUCAAAAUCUGCAAAGAAGUGAACUUAGAGUGGCUGUUACCAUUGAUUCAGACCGAAUAUAUUUUAUUUAAGAAGAAGUUCUUGAAAAUAUUUAAUUGA